AUGGACCACGAAAGUGUUAAACAAUUAAUACAUGUGCGCUCAGAUCAAGAUAAAUAUGUAAAUGAACACGGCGUGUUAAGAGGUGUAUAUUUUACUCAAGUUAAGGACUACAGGCCUAACUCAAAAAAUCAGUUUAAAUGCCGUAACACAGGACAAUAUGUACCAUUUGAAAACGUUAAUGAUGACUUCUGUGAUUGUGAUGAUGGAACAGAUGAACCCAGUACGAGUGCUUGUCCUAUGGGAACUUUUUAUUGUGAUACUCAAUUUCCAAAAUCUUCAAUAAAUUCUAUACCUUCUGGAAAACUUAAUGAUGGAAUUUGUGAUUGUUGUGAUGGCUCUGAUGAAUGGUUAUUAGUAAAAAAUCAUAAGUUAGUUAGUCAAAGUCAGUCAAACAAUUUAAGACAUUAUGUGAAACUUUGUCCCAAUUUAUGUAUAACAAUUAGAUAA